UAUUUACAUGAAUGUGUUCUGUGUACUUAUAAUUCGAGCCCAAAUUCAUUUUUAAUCACGUAGGUAUUACUUUUGUAAUCUACUGAUUUUUUCCGUGUUCUACUGCUAAAUUUUUAACUUUUCUACUGAAUUUUUCAGAUUCCAUCUGGCAACACUGCCAGAUGUUGACAAUUGACGAUGACAGUUAACGUCAAUUGUCAAUUUUUGGAAAGUAGGAGUUACUUUUGUUAUCUUAUGAUGUUUUUUGAGUUUUCUUGAAAUAAUUGCCACAAAAGUAGUCAAUAAUACCGCAAUUUAUUUGGCUUUUUCCUUAUUUUAUGUACAAUAAUUUACGACUGAGGAAACAUCAUGUAUGCAAUAGAGAAAAAAUUUGAUAUAGAAAUGAAACUACGGAAGGUAAAAUCAGAACCAAAAUUACAUUUUGUUUUGUUAAUUAAAAAGGAUCUUCGUCUUUGAAAAAUCGAAGGUGUCACACCUUUUCAUAGUUUUAAAAUAUCAGUCUUCAGUUCAUGUUUAUUACGAUAUCUGACUUUUUAGGAGAUGACGAAUAUCCAGGAGUUAAAAGCUGCAGCUAAUCGCAGCUCAGCACUGGCUAGCGAUGUUUGUAAUGUGCUCGGUGCUUGUGAGCAAAGGCUACAGCAGCUGGAAUCUGCUGUACUACCCCUUUAUGGAGAUACUGCUCGAUUACAACAUAUACACCAGAAUAUGGAAAGAACAGUGAAAGCUCUGGACCAUGUGAUCAAUUUCUAUAUGGUGUCUAGAGAGCUGGCUGAUUUGGUACAAGCUGGACCCCAUACAUCAUCCACUGAGUCUCUGAAUCUAUAUUUGGAAGCUUUAGACAAACUGGCAGAAGCGCAAGCAUAUUUUAAUAAAAAUAAUCCACAGAGUGUUGAAUUGGAAAAUAUAAACCAACUGUACAACACUGGAGUAUUGAAAUUGGAAAGCGCAUUCGAGGAGCUGCUGAGUCGCAAUACUAGACCUCUGUCUCCGACUACUCUUAUGGAUAUGAUUGCAUUAGAAGAGGGUAAGUUCCAUGAUUUAUUUACUUUUACCUAUCAGUGCUAACGAUCGAGAUUUUCGUGUAAUUUAAUCUGCAGUGGCAUAGGUAUAAUAAAAAAAACUAUAAUAACUAAAAGGUCAGCAAAGGGCUAAUGGGUAAUAGACAGACGAUACAGUAUUAUUUGGAGAUGACACCUCUUUACUGUUUAAAGUUGAGAGGGGUAAUGAUUGUUUUGAUGAUGUAAAUGAUGCUCUCGACAAUGUUCUACAGUGAUUUCAUAAUAAUAAUUUUAAGCUCAAUUCAAAUAAAACGAAAUGCAUAAAGUUUGCAUUACCUAAUGUGAGGCAUGUCAGUACACUUAUAAAUGUAAAUAGUGAAAAAGUUGAGUUAGUAGAAUCGACAAAGUUCCUUGGUAUUACACUAGAUUCCCGACUGCAAUGAGAUCCUCAUAUUGAUAACUUGUCAAGUAGACUGAGUUCUGCAGCUUUUGCUGUUAAGAAUAUAAGACUCUUGACAAAUGUUAAAACGGCAAGAUUGGUAUAUUUUAGUUAUUUUCAUAGUGUAAUGACGUAUGGUAUAUUGUUGUGGGGUUCUGCGGCUAGCAUUCAGGAUAUUUUUAUUCUACAAAAGAGAGCUGUCCGUUAUAUAUAUAAUUUAAGGUCUAUCUAUUCUAUAUAUAAUAUAAUUUUAGGAAUCUCUCAGAGAAAUAUUUAAAGAAAUAAAUAUUCUGACUGUUCCUCUUAAUACAUCUAUGAGAAUAUUAUGUACACAAGAAAACAUUACGAUUCCUUCACAAAAAAAAAGUAGUGUUUAUAAUCUUAACACAAGAAAUAAAAAUAAACUUGCCAUUCCAAGCUUCAAACUUCAAAAAACCAGGGGAUCAUUUCUGGCUACAUGUAUUGCUAUGUUCAAUAAAGUUCCACAAAAUGUAAUUGAUCUACCCAUAAAUAAAUUUCAAAUUCAUGUAAAGAAUAUAGUUAUGAGUAAAGGCUAUUAUAUAU